AUAAUAACUCAAAAUUAAAUGAAUGACACGUAUAAAAUAUUUUUGGAACUGAACGAUAAAACGAAUUCGAUCUCACUGUCGUACAUGUACCUGGAUGCUCCGAGGACACGCUCCACGCGUGUCUCCUUUGAUCUGGUGCCUUCUCCACCGAAUUCAACCGACUGUGGUAAUGAAUGACCACCAAAAAACCGAUACUUGAAAAAAAUAUACCGUACGAACACUGCCUCGUUUGCUGCAUGUGGAUCGCCUUAGCAGCCUUAGCCACUGUCGGGGCCCAAAUGGUCCCUCAAAACGCUCACUGUGUCGUCUACACAGACAGCUGCGGACAGUUACUGGACACCCUCCCGGUGUGCCAAGAUUUUAAUCGACAAGUGUGCAACCGUCCCGCCUGCAAGUUUAUUCAUCUCAGUGAUGGAAACGUGGAGGUGAUUGACAACCGUGUAACGGUGUGCAGGGACGCAGUGAAGGGCGCGUGCAUGCGACCUCAGUGUAAAUAUUACCAUAUACCGGUCGCGUUGCCGCCGGCGCCUCUGAUGGCGAUCGCAUCGUCUGCCUCGCCUUAGGGUUACUUUUGUCAACGGCUAGCGCUGGGACCGCAAGAGGAAACGAGGAAGAAGACUCGAUAAGUUUGCGCGAACACGCAUCUCCGUACAUGUCGGGAUUAUUGUGCAUCGAGGCGGCAUCAGUAGCGACACCGGCGAACAAAGCGUUUGAGAAGAAAUGGAGGCACACCGAACAUCGUCGUUCUUGUCGUCGAUUCGAUUUAGCUUCAACAGCACGUCGAUAUUCCUCCGCGACAUUCCUUUCCGAUGUACAUGCUUAUAAUGCACACGCACGAAUGUGCGAACGCACGUUCAGAUGACAGGGGGGAAAUAGCGCGCGGUAGGAAGAAUAAGAGUAGGAAAACGUAGCCGAAGAGAGGUUUCUGUCGGCAUGAAGUUGGAACGGAGAAGGAAGAAAACACAUAUAAGCCCAAAAGUUCUUGCAUAUGUAAGAGACGUUGUUGCCGAAAGAGAAGACUGAAACCGAGAAAGAAUUUUGGGUGAUUGGAUCGUGGAAGUUGAAAGACCGAGCAGUCCGGUAAAUCGUUGCGUCGUGUCAUGAUUCGAAGAUUGUAUGUCAUCGAAGUAUUACAAUCGCAGCGAGCUAGUGAGCAAAGUCUUCCUUAAUAUCGUCUUUUUUCUUUUGAUUUAUAUUUGGCUUCCCAUCGCGUAAGGAUAAAUAAACUCGAAACGGUUCGGAAUAAUUCGUAGCAACCGAAGCAAUAUUUCAACUUUCACGAUACUCUUUUUUUCGUUAACUCGUUCGUGAGGCUGGAUCUUUCGGAAUGAGUGUAAAGCAUCGACAAGAAAACAAUGACAACGUUUUGUCCCAGCGAGUAAACAUGAAACUUGAAUACAUCGGGAUCCAUUCUUCUCGCAAUCGAGCGAGUUAGCGAACAAUAACCCGCGGUUCAGUAUCGUUUAAGUUUCUUCUCAUUGACAUGGCGAAAUCGCAUCAGCGAUCUUCUUUCUCGGUCUUAAUUAAUAAUCGAUGAAUAAUAGUUUUUUCGAGGGCAACAAAAAGCUGAAAAAAUAAGUUUUAUUUUCGAUUCUGAAAUCUUGCUUUUAUGAUAUCGAUAUUUCGAGUACAAUUAUUCUUGUCCUAUGAUUGAAAAGUAAAAGAAACAAGGAAAAAUCAUAUAAAAUACUA